GUGGACAAGUUGGUAAUUGCAGAAAGGAGAUGGCAUGAAAGAAAAAGGGUUUCCAAUACGCGUCUCUACCAGGUCCAUAUUCCCAAUCUCCUUUCAUUACCAACCUCACAACACAAACUUCUUCUUUCUCUUCUUACAAUUACAAAUCCCUUCAUCUCUCUCUCUCUCUCUCUAUUCUCAUUUCAAUCCCCUUCUUCAACCCCUCUCUCUCUCUCCAAAACGCCAAACCAAAAAAUGGCUCAGAAGGCCGAGAAAAACGACACCGACUUUAAGGUCCCCGAAACCAUCAUCACCCCCUGCACCACCACCACCGCCACCUCGAUUACCGAACCUUCUAGAUUCUUCGACGCAACCACCCCCGCCACGUCAUCGCGCUCCCCCAAGCGAUCCCUCCCCCUCGACGACGAAUCUCAGACGGACCAAACGGCGUCGUCGGAGCCCAAACGCGUCGUGAGCCGCUGCUCCUGCUGUCGGCGGCGCGUGGGGCUCACUGGAUUCCGGUGCCGCUGUGGCGACCUCUUCUGCGCCGAGCACCGCUACUCCGACCGCCACGACUGCUCCUACGACUACAAGGCCGCAGGGAGAGAGGCCAUAGCGAGAGAAAACCCCGUCGUGAAGGCCGCGAAGAUCGUCAAGGUCUGAAAACCCUAAAUCGGAGAACAAAAAUCUCCCAAGAGAUCGAACAAAUCGCUGAGAAGAAGGGGAUAACACGAAACGACGUCGUUUCCACGCGAUCGCGGUUCGGUGAUUGAUUGAUUAAUUAAUUAAUUAAUUACUCGCGUCGCGUCUUUUCUCCGAGACGCGACUCGGCGCGUGGGUGGAAACCUGGGAAUUUGUAUAAUUUCUAAAUUUUUAUGCCUUUUUUUGUUUAAUUUGGGUUGGAAAUUUAUAAAUUAUUAUCGUGAUUGUUAUGUGAAUCAGUGGAAUGAAUGGUUUUUCGUUGCCUAAAAUAUA